GAAGACAACAAGGUCUUCAUUCCUGGGUGCUAAGGAGAUUUGUAUUUAUUUAACCUUGCGCAUUUCCCUUGCGAGCGAAGAAGCAUUAUCGAUCAUUCGUUUUUUUUCAACUCAAUCUACAUAUACACCCACUUAUAUAUAUUCUCCUAUCUAUAAUCAGGACCUCUGCUUUAGACUCUUUACUAUCAUGUCUAGCCAACUCAAGUCCUCAUUGGCAGUAGCCAUCAGAGCUAUCGACCCUAGCUUCCGAGAGGGCGCUCAAACAUUUGUCGAGCGUGUUGCCACCCAAGUCCCAAUCAUCAAAGCAAUCCAGCUAAAUGGGAACCGACCCCAUAGGUCUCAUGAUGACCCGACUGAUACAAAACUUGUCAUAUCCUUCGCUCUCUACAAAUCGGCCACGACAAGCAGCCGAAAUCGUGUGGGAAGUGGUCACGUUCACGCGGACGGCACUGGACAUGUGAACUUCCCCUCCAAGUAUAAACAAUAUCGCGCCGUUACAGGAAUGGAAUAUAGAGCUCCAAUAGGCCAAUUGAUCAAGUCGGGUGACUCUAGCUCUAAAGAGUCCCAGUCCGGUGACUCCAGCUCUAAAGAGUCGAAGUCCGAUGACCUUACAUGGAGAACCAAUGAGCAGACGGGGUAUGCAGAAUGGUGGGACGGUACAAAUUGGGUAGCAGGGGCUUGGUCUGACCAGAAUCAGAGAUGGUAUGCUUUCUACAAUGGCCAAUGGUAUCAUCAGAAGUAAUUAUUGACCUGCCCAUUACUUCAAUACUAUAUAUAUAAGUAUUGGAUUAUAUCUCUACUUUUCUCUCUUCAUAUAUUUAUAGACUAUAGUUUAGAGCUAAUCUAUACUGAAAUAGUCAUAUAUAAUAUAAACUAGUCCUUGCUCUAUACUAAUCGUUU